AUGCCUUGGUCGAAGUCGAUCCGGGCCUGGAAGGAGGCCCUCGCCUCUUUGGGUGGUGAAGUUCAGGAGGUGGAUUGCUCAGAUUUCUCCUGCCCCUCCGUUGGAGGAGUGUUGAUUGCAAAUUUUUCUUGUGCACUUGCUGGAGAAGCGUUGAUGGAACGUUUGAGGGCCAAGGUGCAGGAAAUGCCGUCCACGACGCUGCAUGCAGCAGUAAAUCUCAGAAAGUCUCAGCUUCUUGAUUUACACAGCACAAAGAAACAGCGGCAUUUCGCCUACCUCUUGGAUGUGGACACUGUUUCAAUGGGGAAGGGCAGCAUGGUUUCGGAGGAGGACUUCGGAGAGUUGCGUUCGACUCUCAGACUGCUGAAGCAGGCCAUCCAGAGGACUAAAUUCUUGCUGGAGAGCCGCGCAGAUCAUGCAGGAGUUGAGAUGAAGCUGGUACAAAGGCUCUGCCUUAAUGGAAGGAUGUACGUGCUUGUACGUAUUUCGGGGGACUCGCUGACUGAACAGGGUUGUUGUGUCUACAUGGCAGCUGCGCUGGCCUCGUUUCACGGCUGGUUGCAGUGUUUGGUGCAGGAGACUUUCAGCCACAUACCUGGCUUGCCUCCAGAUUUUCUGUAUCUGGAGGGUUACCGCUUCAUGCAGCACGAAAAGCGGAAUGGUCCUCUUUUUGGGAAGGGCUGCCUGCCCUGGGCUACAGAGACAGCCUGUGGUAUUGUAGAAUGGAGAGCCAGACUGCAAGAACAUGUGGUAAGGACUUCCAGGACAAAUUGGGCUCAGGAUGGCAAGUCCAUCUUUCGAGUUCCCGACCAUGUGGAGCUUGUGAAAAAGGUUGGUUCUGGGGCUUAUGGCUGUGUCGCCUCGUUCCAGGACAAGAAGACAGGCGAAAAGUUUGCUGUGAAGAAAAUCACGAAUGCCUUCAAUGAUCUGGUUGAUGGUAAACGAAUACUGCGUGAGGUGAAGCUCCUGAGGCAGCUGGAUCACGACAACAUUAUCCGAAUCAUGGACAUGUAUCCUCCGCCUGGCCCGGAUUUCGAGGAUAUCUACAUCGUCACAGAUCUCAUGGAGACAGAUCUGCAUAGAGUGAUCUACUCCAAGCAGCCUUUGACGGAGGAGCACCACCAGUACUUUCUUCAUCAGAUACUCCGUGGUUUGGCCUAUCUUCACAGCGCACACAUUGUGCAUCGCGACAUCAAGCCUUCGAAUCUUUUGGUCAACAAGAACUGCGACCUGAAGAUUUGCGACUUCGGCCUGGCGCGCGUCCUGGCCACAGAUGCGGAGGACACCAUGGGGCGCACGGACUACGUAGUCACACGCUGGUACCGCGCACCUGAGGUCAUGCUGGUGUCCUCUGAGUACACUGUUGCAAUUGAUGUUUGGGCUGUGGGCUGCAUUCUCUUCGAGCUGAUCUCACGUAAACCCUUAUUUGCAGGCAAGGAUCACGUAGACCAGUUGCGGAAGAUCAUCAGCACCCUCGGAACACCAUCAGAGGCGGAAACCCAGUGGUUGCCUGAAGGGGGCACAGCUCGCUCGUUUCUGGUGAAAUGCGCUCCAGCACCGAAGGUAGACUGGAAGGGCCUGCUGCCCACAGCGAGCGACAAUGCCAUUGAGGUCGUUUCCAAGACCGUGACCUUCGACCCUACAACACGCAUCAGUGUUCCAGACACAUUGCGUCUUAAGUAUCUGGAUCACCUCUUCGAUGAAGAAGAUAUGGUUCUAGACACCUGCACCGCCAAGAUCGACUGGUCCUUCGACAACUUCGAGCCGACCAAACCACUCCUCCAAAGCUACAUCUACUGCGAGCUGGCAAGUUUUCACCCGGAGAUAGUCGAGCGGGACAGAGAUCUGCUCGUGGCUCGUGGUAUCGACAAGCUGUUGGAUGUUUCGAAGGCGCUACCCAAGGCUGAUGACAAAAAGUCGUUGUGA